AGGACACCUUGAGCCCAAAUACCUGACAAAACUUACCCUGGAGAAGACCGCACCCGUGCAGGAUACUUAGAUGGAAAAUAUUAAUGCAAUAUGCCCACCCAAUUCAAUACGUCAGGCAGACAUCAAUCAUUCCUCCAAUCGUCUUCAUUCUGGCAAGUCGUUCAAUCGGGCCCAGUUUUUUUCUUUCCACAUAGUUUCCACCGUCUCGCUUCUCGACGCAGCUGUCACUCAAACUUUUAUUGGUUAUAGCUUUAAACACCUUUUUCGAAUCGUCGUUGAGACACGCCUCUCGAAACAUAACCAACUCAAGAACCCACACUUUUUUCAGUCAAGUCAUUCAGAUUAGGGAUUUAUAUCCUUCGAAGGACCACGAGGAUGCAGAAGGAUCCAACGUACACUAUCAACGUGCCUAGUUUAUUCCUUCGAGGUAGGUUGUAAAAAUAGAGGACGAGCGACGGUGACGCCGCGAUGGCCGAGUUGCCCCUCAGAUUUCCUCCACAGUUGUAGGUGCCGACUUUGUGCGAAUUUGCACGCUCUUCUCUCUUAUAUUUAUACCGUUUACCCAAUUCACCUAGACCAUGCCUCUCAACGCCAUUCUCUCCAACGCCCUCAUCAAUAAUGUAUAUCUCUUUUCACUCACCUUCUCUCUCGCAGCGAUCUUAGCGUUCUGGCUCUUCCCUCGGAAUCGUAACUUUCCUCCUAGUCCAGGGCGCGCACUUCCCUUCAUAGGCCAUCUACACAUCAUGCCCAUCAAGAAAACCUGGCUCACCCUCUCUCAAUGGUCAAAAGAGCUAGGGCCAAUUUUCCACGUGAAUAUCGCUGGUCAAAAUGUAGUUGUCCUUGGAAGUCACAAGGCAGCCUCGGACCUUCUGGAUCGUCGUUCAGCGAUCUACUCUGAUCGCCCGCUUAAUAUUGUUGCAGGACGACUUAUCACUGGGGGUAUGGUGUUCGCAUUUCAGUCGAAUGAUGCCUUUUGUAAAAGAAUGCGGCGUGCUGCCCAAGAGGCUUUGACCAACAUAAAGAGGUACUCUCAUAUGCACGAGAGGGAGGCCUAUAUUCUUUGCCACCAAAUGUUGCAAGAACCAGAUUAUUGGGGUAAUCAUCUGUCCCGAGCUAGCAGCUCCCUAAUGCUCGGCAUGAUCUAUGGUCUGCCUCCAAUGUUAGAUUCGCUGGAUCCAAACAUCCAACGCGCCAAUGUCUACGUGCAGGAAGCACUCGCGGCUGCCGUCCCCGGUGCCUUCUUGGUGGAACUUUUACCUUGGAUGAUGUACCUACCCAGAUGGAUGUGUGCUUGGAGACGUUAUGCAGAAGGCAUCUUUGCUAGGGAUUCCGUCUUUUUCGAACAAUUAUUCUCCGAUGUUGUUGUUCGUAUAGUAAGUGCUCUGUGCCGGGCCACAACAAAUUCAAGUGACAGGGUAAGUGACAGUAAGUGACCGUAUAUUUUUCACUGAACCAUCACUUACCUAUCACUUACCUGUCACUGAACUUCACUGCCACCGAAUCCGUGGUCACCGAACCUGUACACUUGACACUGCCACCAAACCUGCUUCUCACCGGAGAACACUGCCGCCAAACCUGUACUGUACCCAAUAAAUGUAGUAAUAGAAUACUAGAGCAAUA